GCAGUGAUGUUUUAUGAAUCAGUAGCGGCAGCAACCUGUUUCAUCUGCGCCUUAACAAUAACUCUACAGCUAGCUCUUUUGCCGUUAUUACUGCGACACAUCGGUGAACUAAAACGUGACGCAGAAGAGCAUUUGAAGCAAUUCCAGCUGUACGCUGAUAAAGGAAAUUUGCAUCUGGCCGAAAGCAAACGCGUAAUUCAAAGAAAAAGGUCGACGACGUUCUGUCCUCCACCACAGCCCGGGCCACCUGGACAACCAGGAGAGCCAGGUGAAGAUGGUGAACAAGGUGACGAUGGACCCAUCGGACUUCCAGGGAAAAGUGCGCAUGAGCUGCUGGCUGAAAUGAACCAACAAUGCGUCAUUUGCCCGCCAGGAGAGCGUGGACCUCCCGGAGCACCAGGUGAUCAAGGACCAGAAGGGCCGCAGGGUGAAAAAGGAAUUCCAGGAGCUCGCGGAUCCGAUGGCCUAGACGGUGCUAAAGGAUCGGAUGGGAAACCUGCUACCGGUGGUACUGGGGAACCCGGACCAAAAGGAUUGCCUGGACCUAUCGGAAGAACCGGAGCGCAGGGUUUUCGAGGUAAACGUAAUUACGUAUAUGGAGCAUCCGGACCAGUUGGUAAGAAAGGCGUCAAAGGAAUGGACGGUCUUCCCGGAAACAUUGGACCAAAAGGUAGUCGUGGACUAGGUCCAAGAAAUAUCAAGGAGUUGCACACUGUUCAUGAUCUGCUGACGGAUGAAGUUGUUACGACUCCCAUUCUGGAUGGCUCUGGACCAAUCGCGGACGGCAAUGGUGCUAGACGGAAAAGUAAAAAAAAUCGCUAA